AUGACGGAAACCACCCCUACUUCUAAUCCCCUGCCUACAGAAGAAGAGAAAACAGAUUCUAAUCAGGAGGUUGCUAAUCCAGAACACUAUAUUAAACAUCCACUACAGAACAGAUGGGCGCUCUGGUUUUUUAAAAAUGAUAAAAGCAAAACUUGGCAAGCAAACCUUCGGCUCAUUUCUAAGUUUGAUACUGUUGAAGAUUUUUGGGCUCUGUACAACCAUAUCCAGUUGUCUAGUAAUUUAAUGCCUGGCUGUGACUACUCACUUUUUAAGGAUGGUAUUGAGCCCAUGUGGGAAGAUGAGAAAAAUAAACGAGGAGGACGAUGGCUAAUUACUUUGAACAAACAGCAGAGACGAAGUGACCUCGAUCGCUUUUGGCUAGAGACGCUGCUGUGCCUUAUUGGAGAAUCUUUUGAUGACUACAGUGAUGAUGUAUGUGGAGCUGUUGUUAAUGUUAGAGCUAAAGGUGAUAAAAUAGCAAUAUGGACUACUGAAUGUGAAAACAGAGAUGCUGUUACGCAUAUAGGGAGGGUAUACAAGGAAAGGUUAGGACUUCCUCCAAAGAUAGCAAUUGGUUAUCAGUCCCAUGCAGACACAGCUACUAAGAGCGGCUCCACCACUAAAAAUAGGUUUGUUGUUUAAGAAGACACCUUCAGAGUAUUCUCAUAGGAGACUGCGUCAAGCAAUCGAGAUUUGGGAGCUGAACCAAAGCCUCUUCAAAAGCAGAGUGGACUGCAUUUAAAUUUGAUUUCCAUCUAAAUGUUGCUAAGAUAUAAGAGAAGUCUCAUUCGCCUUUGUCUUGUACUUCUGUGUUCAUUUUUUUCCCCCCUCCAUUUUUUGGCUAGAGUAUCCAGUAUCCCAAUCAAAGAAUUACAGUAUACAUUGUCCCCAGAAUACAUAAAUAUGUUCCUAAACCCACUCUGUAAUAGCUUAGUAGAAUUCACAUUAUAAAACAUUUACCCAUCCAUCCAUAAUAUUCAAAACAGAACCUGUAUUUCUGUAUCUUCCAGGAAAAACAAAAUGUUUAUGUAUCAUUAUAUACAGAAGCAUAUUUUGCUGGUUUGAAAGAGUAUGAUGCAUACCAUUUUCUAGCAUUUUUCUUUGUUUCUUUUUUACAGCAUUGUUUUUUGCUGUAUUCUUGCUGAUGGCUGCUAGAUUUUAAUUUAUUUGUUUCCCUACUUAAUAACAUUAGUGAUUCUGAUUUUGGUUUUUCAUUUUGCUUUGCUCCCUCCCUUUUAUGUAACAUUGGUGAAGGAUCCAGGAAUAUGACACAAAGGUGGAAUAAACAUUAAUUUUGUGC